AUAAAAUAGGUCUCGCGUUCCGGGUCGAUGGAUGUGUUACUUGUAAGAUAAAUGUGGCCAAGUGUGUGCGAAUUAACGGACAUUAUUCAAUAUUUAAAAAUGUUUUUGAUAUAUUAUUAUAAGCGGAUAUGCAUUGCAAACAAAAAGGGUGCACAAACUAAACCUCCUUGUACAAGUCAAAUGGAGCGUAUGAAAUAUAGGUGUCCUUUUUUAUUUGUGCCAUUUAAUGCUUUAAUGCAAGGACCUAACAUAUCGUUGUAGUUACAAGUUUAAUUAAAUCGCCUCUCCUAAAAAGAGUGCAUCAUUUAACUUUCCAGCGGCUUUUGACGAUAGUGUAACGGCAUAAUAUCUUAUAAUAGGCAUAGUUUUAUUUGACAAUAACAUUGUGGUAGGAAUAAAGUUAAUUGCCAUGGAGAUAUCGACGCAGCAAAAACUGGUCUUCUGUAUGCUGACGGUAUCAUGUUCGUUGAAAACGUCUGUCUACGCAUUUUCGUUGCCGAAGUUCAAUCUAGCAGUAAAAGAUACUGUGGAAAUUGAGCUUAAGACCGAAUAUCGACACAGACGCUCUACGGAACGAUUUCCAAUCGACAUCGCAGCAAAUUUUACGUAUUCAAAUGUUGUCUCGAAUAUGAAUCUCCAUAAAAUCUCUGACGUCACUUCCGAUGUACCAGUCGUUCUAAAUGACGAGGGCAGAAUGACGGCAUAUAAGGUUUUUGACCUAACGGAAGUGGCCUACUAUGAAGACCGCAGCCAGGAAGCUGUCUUUAUGGUCUGGGAGAAGCCUGACGCAGGCAACGGUAGCGGAGAGCCGGUGUUCGAUUUUUUUGGCACGUUCGUUUCGGACAACACACAGUUCCUUGUGCAGCCACCCGAUAGCGCAACAGGAAGUCACAGCCUGGCGCAGGUGCAAGACGUGAGCCCAACCGAGACGGACUUCCGUUUAGACCCGGAGUUCGAUCAAAGCAUGUUGGAGAAAGCGACGGAGAUACUGUCAGACGAACAAUUGCGGACGAAGAGACAGGUCACACCUGCAUCAUACAUUGUUGAGGUUUUCUUCGUGAUCGACUAUGGCUUGUACUCAUUUUGGCAUAAUCAAACGACGGGCGAGAGUGCAGCCAGAAAAGCGAGCGCACUGAGCAAAAUCAAACAGUUCUACGCAUUCGUCCUCAACACAAUGAACCUCCGAUAUGAAAGUGUCACUGGUUCCGGAUACACCAUCUCCCUUCGGUACGCAGGCAUCUACAUCGCUGACAACGCCACCGGCGCCCCGUUUGUCCAAGAUAACUUACGAACGGACAAGGUUAACGGCCGGUCUGCAUUUCUCGCCGACACGGUCUUGGCUGCGUUUACAGCCUGGGCCAACACGAAUUUAGCCAACAAAUACAAAUAUGAUCACGCCAUGAUGUUCUCCAGCUACGACAUGGGUGCGCUGAAUGGCAACACGUUUGGAGCUGAUGUUGCUGGACUGGCUUACACCCCCGGGGUAUGCGGCAAUCAACGUUACUCCAUUGUUGAAGACCACUUUAACGCCAUAGUUGGAACAGUGGCUGCACAUGAACUUGGCCACAACCUGAAUGCAGCACACGACGGCGAAGGAAACAAUUGCAUUCCAAAUGACAAAUACAUAAUGGCAGCCGACUCCUCUGUGAACACAACAGACGCUACAGUUAAUCUCCGCAUGUUUCGGUUUUCUAAUUGCUCUAUCGCCUACUUUACCAACCACAUUACAACGCUAAACAAAACGGGAAACUGCUUAACGAACCUGACGUCCAACUACAACACGUCUGACCUUGACCCUUAUCUCAGUGGCCUUCUUGGUCAAGUGUAUCCACCGGACAAACAGUGCGAGAUGGCACGCGGUCCCAAAUCAGCCUUAUAUCGAGCUGUCUACAGCUCCAACUUCAGCAGCAUUUGUACGAGGAUGGCAUGCUCUUUACCGGACUCGAACCAAUACAGUGUUAUCCUUGCCUUCGAUGGGACGACGUGCGGGAGCGGAAAAAUAUGUCAGAAAGGAGAGUGCGUGUCUAAGGAAAACGCGCCAAAGUUUUCAGACGAGAUGUGUCCGUUCGGUGAUACACCGUAUUCUCUCAUCGGAUCGACUGAAACGUGCUUUCAAAAGAUGGGUACCAACGAUACGUCCUAUAACUGUUACAUGGAAGAAGAGAGAAAACAGUGCUGCGCAACCUGCGAGAAGCAUCGCUUAGGCAAUAUCAAUAUAACCGGGUGCACCUACGGCGAUAGAAUAGCCUGUUCCGGUCUCGAUCUCAGCACUUGCUACACUUAUGAGAAGGAUCAGUGUUGUCGGUCGUGUCCGGGAAGAGCUCUCACCAUUCCAAAUUGCAAGUAUGGAGACCUAGCGAACAACUGCGAUGUUGGAAGCUGUUCCCAGUAUACAGCAGAGGACAGAACAAAGAAAUGCUGUCAGACGUGCGCCGUGACAACAACAACGACAGCGCCAACAACAAAACCAACAACCCAGGCGCCUGUGAUUCGCAAGAUGGCCGUUACCAUGGUGUUCGCCGUCAACACAUCCGCGAUUGACUUUGGCAACAAAACGUCCCCGUCCUAUACCAACCUGCGCAAUGAUUUAACUAAAGAGCUGACAAGUGUCUACAAGAAGAAAAUGGGCGAUGGCGUUAAAUCUAUAACAAUCAUUAGCAUGAGAUCCGGAAGUUUGAUCGCAAGCUACGAAGUGAAUUACAUCGAAAGCCAGUCAUCAAAUAUGAAGUUUACCGAAGCUAAUAUCGGACUCGUGUCAGGCGAUCAAAUCAACGUUUUGAACCAGAGUGCGUCGGCAUUGUCCGUGCAAGUUGGCAACACUAGUGUUACCAAGGAGACUUUGAGUGAGAAAGUGUGUCCUCUGUUCGAGACCAGCGGAGGAUGUGGACAGGGGUCUCACUGUGAGAACCAGGCAGGCAUACCAGUCUGUGUGCGGGAUGAAUCUUCAGGUGGAAUUUCGGAAGAUGUGAAGAUCAUCAUCAUCGUCAUAGUGUGCUCUAUUGGAGUCUUGGUUGUCAUUCUCCUCAUCAUUGCCUGCGUUGCUCAUGCUAAUCGUGCACGCAAACCCGGGCAACGACGCAGGAAUCACGAACGACACGUAUCUAAGAUGACGGACGAAUUCAAUGGGUCCCAAAACUAUCAUGUGUACGACAACCCCAUAAUGACACAGGAGCCUAGAAGGUCUCGGCGCUCGGAUGCACGACCUUAUGCGAUACCCGCCUACGAGUAUCCGGUCGCUGUAUCAAAUGGAAACGUCAGACAUUCUAGACGAACGUAAUUCUCCAGCAACAAAUACCAACAUGUGUUCAGUUUUUGCUCGAUGAUGGACAAGUAUCGUGUUACAACCAUUAUAAUUAUGCAUGAAAUGACAAUUAAUAUGCACUGUUCAGCUGUGUCGAACUUAAUUAUUGAAAACUCGUAUUGAUAUGGAACAGACAAAAAUCCAAGGCAUCGACAAUUACAAAAUACUAUGUUUAAACGGAGAUUAAGUUGAAUAAAAUGACAUUUAUAUCAAUCGUCAUACAAAUAGUGUUACUUUAAAAAUGAAAUCGAGUUAUAAUAUUAUUUAUGUUGUUUGUAAAGGGUGGUAAGUUAUGUACAUGUAGUAUGGAUUAAUUCCUAUCCAACAUAAAUUAGACAAUGUACUUUAAAUUCAAAACAACACGUGUUUAGCACGUUCUUUUUUACUGACAUGCUCCUGCGUAUUAUUCUUAUAUUGUUCUUAUACGUCUUUAUCUAUUGAAUUUGUUGUAUUGUAAUCAUACCAAUAUUACUCCACCAUUUAUUUUUGCACUGUUGUACAUACAUACAUACAUACUCAGAGAAUCUCAAGAAAGAUCUUUAUAAAAAAAGUUAUGUUUAGACAUAUAGUUAAAGUUACUCAAAGUUCUGCAACGACGCUCAGCGCUGAAGAUUUUGUAUUUGUUUCACAUGAACAUAUCUGCUACAUUGAAAAUAUUGUCAUGUAUGUUUUUUAUUUGACUGUUGACACUUAUUGCUUUGUUUGCCGGAAAAUUUAUAAUCAGCAAGAAUGCACUAUUAAAGCACUAUACAUAAUA